CUCUGCCAGUUGUUCGACUAUAAAAGGAGAGCUAGAGCAUAGACAUCUCGUCAGAGCUGCUCAGUGCCCAAUCAUUCCUCUCUUCCGAUAGUCUUUGAACAUGUUCGUCAGCAUGAGGUUGCUCUUCACAGUGCUGCUUUCAGCAGUUAUUUGUGAGGCCACUGCUUCUGCAGUUAAUAGAGUGCGUUGGUGCACAACCAGUGAUAUUCAACAAAGCAAGUGCAACAACUGGACAUCUGUCGAGUGUGUCCAAGCUGUCUCCAUGGACGACUGCGUUCGGAAGAUUAAGUUGGAAGAAGCUGAUGCUGUUGUUCUUCACAGUUCAGUACUGAUUGCUGCAGGAAAGUGUGGCCUGGUGCCAGUUAUGACUGAAUAUUAUGACAAAGAAAAUCUUGCACCUUGCCAUGAUCCAGCACAGCUGACAGAACCAUAUGUGUAUAUAGUAGCUGUUGUGAAGGAUCCGUCUUUGACCUGGGAUGGCCUGAAAGGCAAGAAAUCGUGCCACACAGCUCUGCACCGAACUGGUUGGAAUAUCCCAAUGGGGCUGCUGAUUGCACAGGGGAAAAUCAAAAACUGCAGCCUUUAUAACUCAACGUAUUUCAAUGAAAGCUGUACCCCAGGGGGUGAUCCAAACUCCAAACUGUGCUCACUGUGCGCUGGUCAAGACAGUUCAUCUCAACCUGGAAGAGACAAGUGUGCCUUCGGUGAAAAAGAGAAAUACUUUGCUUACAGUGGUGCAUUCAGAUGCCUCACUGAAAAGGGUGAUGUGACUUUCAUCAAACAUGGAACCGUCUUUGAGAACACUGACGGUAACUCACAGAAGGAUUGGGCUAUUGGUCUCAGAUCCAUCGAUUAUAGGCUUCUGUGUCUAAAUGGCAGUCAGGCUGCUGUGACGGAUUAUAAGGCAUGUCACUUGGCACAAAUACCAGCUCGAACUGUUGUAUCCCGACCAGAUAUGAGAGAUCAAAUCCUGAACUUUUUAAAAGAGGAACAAAAGAAAUAUGGUCGUGGUGGAACGGAAGAAGCGAGGUUCUCAUUGUACAGCACAGUCAAGUCCCACUCCUGGGGUCUCCUGUUUGCAUCCAACAGCCAGUGCCUGGUUGAAGUGCUCACCACGAAUUACAGAGAAUACUUGGGUGAAGGAUAUGUCAGGGGAAUGGAAGGCCUCUACAGCUGUGUCCCUCCAGAUGGUGACAACGCCUUUUGCUUUCACCUGCCUCAAGCCACACAGUGAAACAUCGUCAGGUUCCAUAUUAGACACUUGAUUCCUAAGAACGCAUGGGUUAAUAUUCUCCAUCCUCAGCAGACCAAUAUCUGCCCAAUAUUGCCUGAAUUGUUUGUAUCAUCUUAAAAUCUAUUAAUAUGUUAUAGUUUGGAUCUCAUUCUGCCUCCCUGCAACAAUAAAUAAACUUAAUGUAAUAUUAA